GGCGAAAGGCCGUACCUGUGCAACACCUGCGGAAAAUCGUUUAAAAAAUCAUCAACACUCAAGAAGCAUAAAAUGAUCCACAUGGGCGAGAAGCUCUACGUCUGCAAAACAUGUGGAAAAAGUUACAGUCAAAAUUCCAGCCUGGUGGAUCACUCGAGGAUCCACACCGGCGAAAAGCCGUACCUGUGCAACACCUGCAACAAAACCUUUACUCAAUUAUCAACUCUUAAACGGCACAUAACCAUACACACGGGCGAGAAGCCCUACAUCUGCAAAACAUGUGGAAAAAGUUACAGGCUACGUUCCCACCUCGUGGUUCACUCGAGGAUCCACACGGGCGAGAAGCCCUACAUCUGCAAAACAUGUGGAAAGAGUUACAAGCAACAUUCCCACCUGGUGGCUCACUCGAGGAUCCACACCGGCGAAAGGCCAUACCUGUGCAACACCUGCGGAAAAACCUUUACUAAUUUAUGGGAUCUUAAACGCCACAUAACCACACACACGGGCGAGAAGCCCUACAUCUGCAAAACAUGUGGAAAAAGUUACAGGCUACGUUCCCACCUGGUGGGUCACUCGAGGACCCACACCGGCGAAAGGCCGUACCUGUGCAACACCUGCGGAAAAACCUUUACGGAAUCAUCAGCUCUUAAA